AUGCAGAUCGUUGCAAAACCUCCCAGCAACGAGACAGAGUGCAUCCGAACGGAGGAACUGUACAGAAGCGGGGCAUGGCACGGGCCCAAGGCCCAAAAAUGUCCUCUGCAUCAUCGAUGCUCCACCAAAGAAGAGCCCUGCGACAGAUGCGAGUCUCUGAUGCAGUUGGAAAAUUAUGCACUCGAGAAUCCCAGGAGAAGACGGAAAUCGAAAGUUCGACAUUGCUCGUCCUGCCGGUGCGGCCCGGACGCGUUGAGAUUCUCGCCACUCGGGCCAAGGAAAACCUCCGAGAACGUCGAGGUCAUCCUGGAUCGUUACGAGCGAGUCCUGGCGGAUUCGUCCUACCCGUCAUCGAAAAAGCCCCAGAGCGGGGCAUCUCCAGGACAUUUGCGAGCUGCAAGGUGCUCGAAAAAAGGGAACCCGUCUCACCGGUUGAAAAAAAACGGAAAAGUCGAAGCCGACCCGGUCCUCGAGGUCCUUUUCCAAGAUCUGGUCGACCCGAGUCCUGCCAGUCGGAACGAGAGGUCCUGCAAAUUCAUGGAGUCCAGGAGUGCACCGAGGAAGGAUCGAUGCAACGACCGGCUGAGUCCACUGCCCCGUGAAAAUUCAAACCUGGACGGCGAAAAUUUAAAGAGGCACCACGGAAACCCACGUUCCCCGGAAUUACACGAAAGGAAGAGGUCGCCGAGGCCGGCAGGAAGUGGCCCAGCAUCCGGCAAGAAGGAGAAAGCCAGAAAUGAAGAUCUAAUGCAGCUGCGGAAAGAUCAACAGGAGCUGGAGAAGUUGAUCCUCGAGAUCCGGGAGUUUGAGAAAAAGAAGUGCCGACAGGGUAACGAGGAGAAAGAGGGGAAAUCCGGGGAGGACGAGAUCAUAAGGAAGUCAAAGAAUUAUUUGGAAAGUCGAAACUCGAUUCGGUCCUUCCUUUUCCCUCGAUUACAGGAAAAAACGCGAGGGCUGAGACUUGGAGAGGCGAGCAGGAGCUGCCAGUCGAUUCUCGGGGCGGAAACUCAGUCUCAAGAGGUCUCGAAGAAAGUCGCGGACUCCUUGAAGGAGGAAAUCCCCGAAACGAGGCAGAGCGAGGUGGCAUUUUGCAAAAAUUGCCGCUGUACUUCGACACCGAGUAUAGAGGGGACGAGCGAGGAAAUCGGUAGAAAUAUAGAGGAGACAUCUAAGAGAACUUCCGAGGCGACGACCACGAAGAGGAAGAACGUCUACGGGGCUGGGGAUUUGGAUCUUCAUGCGAGCAAAAGCUACAUAGUGAGCCUGAUCGAUCGAGCCUUGAGUCGAGAGCUGGGAACGGUUCCCGAGGGAAGAAAGCUUUGCCUGGAGAUAACACGCCUCCUCCAGGGCGAUUGCUGCCAGAGUCUCGGCGCAUUUUCCCAGAAUUUAUGUAAUCACCAGGAAUGCCCGGAUUACGUGAAACAGCUGAAAACCCUCCGGUGGGAGUACUUGAAUCACAUCCAAGAGGAACUCAGGAAGCUGCACGACCUGGAGAGGUUCCUCGACACCUGUUCCCCGAGACACUCCUUGCCCGUCCUGAAUGGCCAGAGUUUCCUCGCCGAGCACCGAAAAGAGCAGCAAUUAAGGGCGCUCAAAUAA